AUGGAGAUCCCCCGCGUUCUUAGUCACGCCGGCUCCUUGACUAACCCUCACGUCCCACCACCACCUUUGCCUUCAAGACAACUUCUAAUGAGUGCUAAAGCUAGAAUCCUUGAGCAUAUGAACAAAGACCAUAUGGUCAGUCUUUAUGACUUCCUUGCCUACUAUGAGGGCAUCAAGCUGGACUACUCCAACCCAUCUCAUUCAGUGGAACUGGUGGAUGUCGAACUGGAUCACAUCACACUUAAUUACAUCAAAAACGGCCACUCUAAAACAAUUGUCACUCCCCUCGAUCCGCCCUUAAAAAGCCUAGGUGAGGCUCGUGUCAGAUUCGUAAAAAUGGCGUUCGAAGCGGCUGAUGCCUUCCAGGUUUCGCCAUACCAGAUCAAGAGUUUUCAUCCUCCUGCCCAACCAAUUAGCGGGAUUAUUGCUUCGCUUUUUGGAACUUGUGCUUUUGUAGCAUUGAGUCCCCGCUCUGUUGGUCGUAUCCUGCAACGACGAUCUCCUCAUCUCGCUCACUUCAUCCGUCAGAAUGCCCGUCGUAUUUUUGUUGCCACCAUCAUUAUCCAUUUGCUUGAAUACUUUUUGUUUUUGCGAGCCAAGCUAGAUAAGUUCAGAGUAUAUGGUGCUCUGCGUCUCAAGUGGUUCCUGAGUACUAUGAGCGUUGGCUUCCCAGCUUGGCGUAGGUUUGAUCAGGAGAUCCACCGGCUCAGCACAGUGCGACUCAAAUUUGAAGCUGAAAACCCUUAA